UUAGCCUGUUCACUCAGAAUCAAAACAGAGGGGAUGUUUUUGUAUUAAAACUAUAAGAAAUUGGAAAUAAUUUCAGAUAUCUCUUUGACUCUGUCCGGUCGACUCACCGGUUAUAUCUCUUUGCCUGUCAGACGAUUGAGAAGUAGCUAAACUUCGACUGAGAUGGAGGACCCUGGUGGUACUGGAGCAGAGUCUGCAGCUCCAUCACCAGCAGGUGCAGCCAAGUCAAAGCUGGACACACUGCCCAAAGAUGACCUUAUCAAGUUUGCCAAGAAGCAGAUGGCUGCCAUGCAGAAGAUGAAGGGCAGAUGUGCCGAUUUGGAAAAAGAAGUUGAAUCCCUUAAACUGCAAUCCAAAAACAAGAACGGCAGUUCAGAUGACUCCACCCUGAUACAGGAGCUGACUGAUAGGAUGGAUGCGUUACUGCUGGAGAAGGCCGAAACUCAGCAAAGUCUUUCACUAUCUCUUAAAGAUCAAGAGAAGAUUAAGCAGAAAGCCAAGGGUGAUCUAGCGGUGCUGCAAGGAGAGCUUGACCGUGUGAAAAAAGAUCACCAAAGAACGAUUACGACCCUCGAGAGCACAAUUGAGGAAUCCAACAACAAACACCAAGAAGAAGUGGCUUAUUUCCAGAAAUUACUGAAAGAGCGAGAAGAAAGUGACAGGGAGAUGGAAAGUGAAAGAGAGAGGGAGCGCCUGGCUAAACAUGCCAGCGUAAAAGAGAAGACUGAAGAGGUCCACCGUUGCUUAGAAGCUCAGCAAGAAACCCUUCAAGCCGAACUGGAAGCGAUCCAAGAGCGAAAAUCUCAGGAGAUCGCUGAGCUGCAGGAGAGCCACCAAAGGGAGUUCACAAAGGCUCAGCAGGAGGUGGAGAACCUGAAGGAUGAGCUGGCUCAGAAGAGUCUGCAGCACGAGGAAGAGAUGAGGGCUCUGGAGGAGGACUGUGAAAUCGAGAGGGAGCGACUUCUGUUGCUCCACGAGGAGCUGACCGAGCAGCUCGCUCUCAAAGACAGCUACCUGCAGGAUGUGCAGGAGGAAGACGAGGAACCUGCCCGCAGUUCAGGGAUCGCCAAAAUGCUGGAACUGUCUGCCUGCAGUCAGGGUGAAUCCAGCCAGGCUGAUGGAGAGGAGACCCUGAGACUGAGAGCAGCCUUGGAAGACCUUCAAGCCAAGAGCACCAUGUUACAGGACGAGCUCACCCUGCUCAGUAAUGUGAAGAGUGAGCUCGAGGCAGAGCUGGAGAAAGCCAAGGAGGAGUUUCAGACAGAGAGAGAAGAGCUGGAGUUUAAAAUCAAUGAAUUGCAGAUGAUCCGGGAAAGUGCUCCCAGUGACUUAGCCGUAACCCUGGACCCUGACCAACAUCAAGUCCAAGGAGAGUUUCAGCAACAGAGUGAAGCACACAAAGAUGGAUGUGACUCGGCAAUCAGACCUGGGGACAACAAUCUCUUGAAUCCAGAGGAGCUGAGGGCCCAGUGUGAGGCCUUGACCAGAGAGAGAGACUCUGCCGCGGCUGAGUGUCAACACAUGAGAGACAUACUGCAAGGUGUGGAGACAGAACUGGGUGAGAAGAUGCAAAAUGUUGUUCUUCAGUACAAAGCCAUGAAGGAGCCCGGGGCCAAUACUUUACGGGAACUCCAAGACCAGAAUGAACAACUUAGCCAGGAGAGGGGUGAACUGCUGGUGAGGGUGAGCGAGGUUACAGAGGAGAAAAGCUCUCUGAUGAAGAAUCUACAAGACCUGAAGCUGAAGCUUGAAGGUUUGUCAGGUGAGGACCAGAAACUCCAGUCAUCUGUGGAGGAACAAACAACUUUGGCCUGUGAGCUGACGCAAUCUGUCGAGGAACUGACCAAGCAGAAUGAGGAGAUCCUCUCCCAACUGCAGAUGAAGGAAAACAUGACUGAAGACCUGAAGGAGAUGAUCAACACGCUGACUGAAGAGCGAGACAAUAUACAAUCCCAGCUUCAGCACAGAGAGGAGGAAAUGCAAAAGCUGAACAACGACAGAGUGACAGAAAUCGAGAGGCUGUUCAAGGAGAAAGAGGAAGAGGCACAUUUGUGUAGAGAGGAGAAAGAGAAGGAGCUGAAAAGCCUGACGAAACAGAUGGAGGAUGAAGUGCAACAUGUAAAAGAGGAAAGGGAAAAGAUGCAGGAGAGCCUGCGAGAGGAGGUGGAGAGAAGGCAGGAGACAGUUUCUGCUUUCGAGCUGACUAUCAAAGAACUCUCUACAGAAAAGGCUGACCUCCACCAGAAAUUGGAAGAGGCCUCUUCUGAACUUUCCAAAGCCCAGGAAACAAGGGAGAUUUGGGCCUCCAAGCUGGCAGCCCUGGAGGCUCAGCUGGAGCAGGAGACGUCUGAAAAGAAUGACCUAGAAGCAAAGUUGAAUUCUCUGGCAGAGGAGGCGGAUCAGGCCCGCGCCACCGCCACAGAUCUCGAGGAAAAUCAGUCUGUGCUCAGAAACUCCAGAGAAGAGGUUGAGGAGCUCCGAUCACACGUGGAUGAGCUGGAAAAGGAGAGGGGUCUGUUGAGGAGCAGUCUUGAGGAGGCUCGAGGGGUAGUAGUAUUAGAGGAGGUGGAAAAGGAGCUCCAGGCUCGUAUUGGUGAGCUGGAACAGGAGAGGAGCAUGUUGAGAAACAACCUGGAGGAGGUGGUGAAGGACACCGAAGGGCUGCAGAAAGACCUUGAGGAUAUGAAGUCAGUCAAUGAGAAGAUUAAUGAGGAGAACCAGAGACUGCAGGCUCAUGUUUCUCUGGUGACUCAAGAGAAAGAGGAAAAAGAGGAGAAGGAGGAGAAGGAGGAGAAGGAGGAAGGGGAAAUGGAGAGAGAGAUGGAGAAUAUGGAGAAAGAGAGAAGAGAGCUCAAAGACCAGCUGACAGAACAUGAUUCACUCAUAUCUCAGUUGAGGAGAGAGAUUGCUUCUCUGCAGGAGUCUGCUGCCCAGUCUGCUUCCUCUGAGGAAAAUGCAGCCAGUGAGAUCACAAAGAAAAUAGGUCUCCUGGAGAAAGAACACAAAGAAAAGGAUGAGAGGAUGAACAAAAUCAAGGCAGUUGCCAUCAAAGCAAAGAAGGAGCUGGAAAUCAAUAAGAAAGCGGUUGCAUCCCUCAAGGAAGAAGUAGAGUCACUGAAAGCAGAGAGGGAGAAAGUGAACAGCUCUAUGAAAGAUAUCAUCCAUGGUGCUGAAGGCUACAAGAACCUUCAGAUAGAUUACGACAGGCAGACUGAGCAACUGGAUAAAGAGAGAGAGAAGGUGGAGGAAGCAGAGAGACAGAUUGCUGAGCUGACCAAACGACUCAGCAGUGCUGUCACACAGAAGGAGACACUGAGCCAUGAGAAGGAGAACCUGCUGGCCAGUAUGGAGACCAUGAGGAGCACAGUGAGGCAGCUGGAAGCCCAAAACCAGGAGCUGCAAAGACAGUCAGCCUGUCUGGACAGAGACCUGCUGGCUGAGAGAGCGAUGAAAGAACAGAAGAUCAAGGACUUGUCAUCUGCCAUGAAGGAGGUAGAAGAGCUGACAGCCCAGCUCCACAAGCAGCAGCAACAGUCUCAGCAGACUGCCCAGGAGCUGGAGCAGCUACGCAAGGAGGCGCAGCAGAGCUCUCUACUGGACAUGGAGAUGGCCGACUACGAACGCCUGGUGAAAGAACUCAACGCCAAACUCUUAGAGAGAGAUGAGUGUGCGGUGGAUUUAAAGGCCCAGAUAAAGAUACUCACCCAGAAGGAGGACACACUCAAACAGGAAAUUGAGACUUUGAAGUCCCAGCUGGACCAGGGGGGGGAGAAGUCCUCCAAGAUGAAACAACUGCUGGUGAAGACCAAGAAGGAUUUGGCUGAUGCCAAGAUGCAGGAAAGCUCCCUUAUGAUGCUACAGGCCUCUCUGAAAGGAGAUCUGGAGGGUAACCAACAGCAGCUAGAAAGCUCCAAGAUUGAGGUGUGCGAGCUGAUGGCCGAGCGCCAUCAGCUGCAUGAGCAGCUGAGGUCUGCGUUGGCGCAGCAACAGAGAAGCAGCAGCUCCCUGCAGCAACGCAUCAGCAGCCUGCAGCAGGAGAGAGACAUUUCUAAGGCUGAGCUCAUGGCAACAGCUGGCGAGUUCGAGGGUUACAAGGUGCGAGUUCACAAUGUGCUUAAACAGCAGAAGACUAAAACCACCGCCCUGGGUGAGGGAGAAUCAGGCAAAUUAGAGAGGACGCAGUUGUCCUCUCAGGUAGAACAGCUGAGGUCCAGGCUGGCAGAGACUCAGCAGAGCCUCCAGAGCUGCACAGCAGAGCUGCAGCAGCUCCAGACUGAACACGACACUCUGCUGGAGAGACACAACAAAAUCCUCCAGGAAACCGUCAGCAAGGAGGCCGAGCUCCGUGAGAGGCUGCUGCCGGUGCAGUCGGAGAACGUGGCUCUGAGGUCAGAUCUGUCCCAGGCUCAGGCUGACCUUUCUUCCCAGGUGGAGGCCCAGCGCCAGACCUACAGGGAGCAGCUGAGGAAGCUGCAGGACGACCACCGAGCCACUGUGGAGACCCUGCAGGGCCAGCUGACCCGCGUCGAGGAGCAACUCUUCAACCUGCAGAGCCAGAAUAGUUCAGUGGUGGUCCAGUCCGGCCGUAAGCCCCUGGCGUCCGACCCCCAGCGCAGAAACACAGAUCAGAACCAGGCAGGGCUGGGACUAAUGGCCCUCAGCGACCUCCAGUCUAUGGCCAGGGAGGAGGGCGAGGGCAUGGAGACCACUGAGACUGAGAGACCUUCUCCUGCUCGUACGCCCCUGCUCUCUCUGGAGCACCUUCUCACGUCCCCGAACCCCAAAGAAGAGCCAUUUGUGUGGACGGUGGAGCCUACCAAAGAAGAGCUGUGUCAAAAGCUGAGCACCGCCACACGGAGUAUGGAGCAUAUGAACAGCCUCCUGCAUGAAACUGAGGCCACCAAUGCUGUUCUCAUGGAGCAGAUCACUUUGUUGAAGAGUGAAGUGCGUCGUCUAGAGCGAAACCAGGAGAGGGAGAAGAGUGUGGCCAACCUGGAGUAUUUAAAGAAUGUCUUGCUGCAGUUCAUCUUCCUGCAAUCUGGCAGCGAGAGGCAGGCGCUACUGCCUGUCAUUCACACAAUGCUGCAGCUCAGCCCAGAGGAGAAAAGCAAACUGGCUGCUAUUGCACAAGGUGAGGAAGCGGGGUCCGGGGCUCGGGGCUCAGGCUGGAGCUCUUAUCUCCACAGCUGGUCUGGGAUCAGAUAGACUUGAUAAUCAAUCAACCCCUAAAUCAAAAUAGGAGCAAAUUAACAAUGUUACUGGGCCUUUUUCUGUGAAAACCUGUACUAAGCAGUGAUGCUGUACAUUUGAAGUGAAGUGGCAAAAGCGGGAGGUUAAUUGGGAUAUUUACAACAUUUGAGGGCACACCAUUGAAGGGACCAAAAAAGGAUGAGGAAGUGCGUGGUAGAGAUUUAACCAAAACAUUUGAAAUAAAUAUUGAUGUGAAUUUGCAGUGCAAUAGUUACAUUAGUCUCUCACCAAUGAAGUUGGAACUGUGACACAUUUCUGUCUUCCUUACUCUUACUAUUGACACAUUAAUUAUUUCUAACAAUAUUUAAUGGACAUGAAGGUUGCACUUCCCUGAAGUGGUGCUCAUAAGGCAUUAUAAGGCAUUAUUAGCAUUAUGAAACACAUUUUUAUUGUACACAAUGUGUACAAAGUACGAGAGGAAGAAUUAAUCAAGGGCAUACCUGCAUAGUUGAUGGCAUGAUAUAACUUGAAUAUCAUUUUCAGAUGUUUGAUUACUUUGCAAGAUUUUACUUGCACUUCUAAUGGGCUUGCACUGGGUGGACUGAGUGCACUUACUGGACUAUACUAGCUCUUUUGGUUCAAAUCACAUUUAUUUAAACACUUAAACAACAUGCUUGACUGUUAUAGUUUUUUUGUGUGUGUUUUUACUACUUACAGGCAGCAAUUUUUCUUUCCAUUUCUUCGGUAUGAAAAUUGACAUGGAAUUUGCUCAAUACGUCUGAGUAAACAUUUAUUUUUUACUAGUUGUUGCCAGGAAGGUAGAAAAAAGACAUUAAGAAAACUUGAAUACAACCUGCUUUGGUAAACAAUCAGCAGGAAGUAUGUGUGAUUUAGUUAAUGUACUAAAACCGCAAAGCUCUAUUGUAAUUUCACUUUAAGUACAAAGGAUUGCAUGUCUACAUUCUCAGGUUCACCUGACUGACGGAACAUAAUCAUAAUGGCCUAUAUUUUUACUUUUUUGCAGUUGUUCACUAAUGCCUCACAUUAUGAAAUCAGCAGCAGUCAUCAUUUUCAUUCCUUGAGUUUUGAUUCUUCAUGUCUUGUAGGGAUUGUUCUGGUUACUGUGUAAUUUGUCGAUACUGUUUGUGGUGGUUGUUUAUAUUUAAUGUCAAAUUAUGAUUUCAAUGGUUUCAAUAUCUAUUUGGAAAUACUUUGUGGUUUUGUUAGUUGUUGUUCUGCUGUUUAAUACUGAACACAAAAAAAUUGUUGCAACUUCAUCUGCACGGCUGUCUUGUUGCUGUCCCCAUGACAGCGAGCACAUCCUCCCCCCUAAAGUGUCCUUCAGCAAGACUCCCUAUCAGACCCAUGGGUGCUGCUUUUAACAGUGUCUGACCAUGACCUCUGACUCCCUGUGGAGGUGGGAGAAAGAAAUGAAAAUUCUGCACAGAAGCCCCAUUCCUAUAAAACACACAUUCACCACAACUUGCAUUACAUGAAUUCAUUUUUGCUCAAGUCUCACUAAUGAUAACCGGCCUGUUCAUUUUCUCAUUCCAGUGGCAGCUUUUUGUGUGAUUCCUUCAGCACAAGUGAAUGUAUUUUUAUCAAAAGCUUUUAUAUUUAUGAUGGUUAAUGUCAGCAGAAGAUAUGAGAGAUUAUCGUAACUGAAAAAUUGGAUCUGCAUAAGAAUGAAUGAGCAGUAUGUUAACUAGUUCACAGUAGAGCAACUUAUUUUAGAGGUAGUUUGUUUUUCCUGUUAUUUCCAACUGUAAACUAAAAUAAAGUUAACAUGGAAGAAAACGUUUCAAAUUACUCUCAUUAUAAUGCAUUUGAACUGUUGCAUCUACAGGGCAUAAUCAGCAGCCAGAUGUUUUUUUGUUUUUAAAUAAAUAGUCGUAACUUUAUUUCAGCAUGAUGAUUUAUGUAUGUUGCUAAACGCAAUAAAGAGAGACUGUGAAAGUACCAUAAAUACACAGCAAACUGUUAUAGAUAUGUCUCUACCCUGUUUUCAGAUGUG